AUGAAGAGCUCGAGCGCGUGGUCUACGAGCAGUACGAAGGUCACAUCGGCUCCCGACGCCACCAUCAACUUCAACGAGGCCUGCAAGAAGAAGCAUCCGCGUACUGGGCUCUGGCUUGUCCACGGCGAUGUCUUCCACGAUUGGCUUCGUAGCGCCCGGUCUUUCCUAUGGCUGAGAGGCUUUGCCGGGUGCGGCAAAUCGGUACUCUUAUCCACUGCCAUUCAGUACGCCUUUCGACACCGCAGAUCGCAUCCGCGAACUGGUAUUGCUUUCUUUUUCUUCACUUUUAACGACGAGAGCAAGCAGGACGCCUCUGCUUUACUCCGAGCCCUUAUUCUCCAGCUGUCGAUGCAGCUAGAUAACCACAAUGACCUAUCCCGCCUGCAAGGGAGCUACCGUCAUGCGAGUCCGCCUGACGAAGCCCUCCUGGGCUGCCUCCAUCAGCUGGUACGAGCGUUUCAAGACGUUUACAUACUAGUUGAUGCGCUAGACGAAAGCCCGCGGAACAAGCAUCGAGAAGUGAUGCUCCAGGUCAUCAAAGACAUGCGUGGGUGGGAAGAACCAGGCCUGCACCUCCUAGUAACAAGCCGGGAUGAAGUCGAUAUACGGGAAGAGCUGGAUGCAAAGCCGGAAGAGACCAUUGAGAUAAAGAAUAUCGAAGUGGACCGCGAUGUAGCCAUUUUCGUUGCGCAGAACCUCCAAGACAACAGACGAUAUCGGAAAUGGCAGCGAUACUCUGCCCGGAUCGAAAAAGCACUGACAGAACGAGCAAAUGGAGUUUUCCGCUGGGUGGAAUGCCAACUGAAAGCGCUGGCAGCUUGCCCAGCAAACCAGCAUCUUCUCCAUCAACUGUUACAGUCCCUACCACAAUCGCUAGAUGACACCUAUGCCCGGAUGCUUAGGAAUAUCGCACCCGAACUGCGGGAGUAUGCUCAGCAAAUGUUGAACAUAUUAUGCUGUGCUAUAAGACCCCUCACGGACUUGGAGCUGAUCGAUGCGCUUGCAGUCGAGCUUGGCGACCAGCCUAGGUUCGAUAUUACACGCAGGUUUGAGGACGUCCAUGAUCUUGAAGCUAUCUGUCCAGGAUUCAUUGAAGCCAGCAUGGAUCUCGGAAUGCAAACCACAGUCCGUAUUGCACACUUCUCUGUACAGGAAUAUCUUGAAUUUGCCGGGCGGUUUGACAAGUAUCUCGUCAAGCUCCAUAAGGGGCUGACGCACGAUCAACUUGCUCAGGAUAAGGGAGUGAGAUGA